GAUUCAAAUCAAAACCAAAAAGAAGCAAAAAGAUUUAAGAGGGAUUUUUGUUUGGGUUUUCUUCCCCAAUGCGACACAAGAUGAACCAAAUCAUCCGUUCAAGAUCCGUCGCUAACACCGCCGCAAGUUCCCUCCGCUACCUCCGUCAAUCUCCAGCACUUCUCCAGUCUCCGCAACUCUCCGGCGCCACCGCCACCGUCACCACCGCCCCUGUCCGCCACUUCAGCUCUCCCGCUGAUUACCGCCGAUACAAAAUCAGGCGUCCGAUUAACUGGGGAAUCCGGAUUGUGCCGGAGAAGAGGGCGUGCGUGAUUGAGAGGUUUGGUAAAUUCUCCAAGACUUUGGAGCCUGGGAUUCACUUUCUUAUUCCGAUUGUGGAUCGUAUCGCUUAUGUUCAUUCCCUCAAGGAGGAAGCGAUUCCUAUUGGGAAUCAGACUGCUAUUACCAAGGAUAACGUUAGCAUCCACAUCGAUGGUGUUUUAUACGUCAAGACAGUGAAUCCUAAGCUGGCUUCUUAUGGCGUUGAGAAUCCAAUCUAUGCUGUUGUCCAGUUGGCUCAGACUACCAUGCGUAGUGAGCUUGGUAAGAUUACACUUGACAAGACUUUUGAGGAACGAGAUGCUCUCAAUGUCAAAAUAGUGGAAGCCAUCAAUGUUGCUGCAAAAGCUUGGGGUCUUGAGUGCCUUCGUUAUGAGAUAAGGGAUAUCAUGCCUCCUAAUGGAGUGAGGGUUGCUAUGGAAAUGCAAGCUGAAGCUGAACGUAAAAAGAGGGCCCAGAUUCUUGAGUCUGAAGGAGAACGUCAAGCCCAUAUCAAUCGAGCUGACGGUAAGAAGAGUUCUGUAAUCUUGGAAUCAGAAGCUGCAAAGAUGGACCAAGUCAACCGAGCAUCAGGUGAAGCAGAAGCAAUAUUAGCUAGGGCACAAGCCACAGCCAGAGGACUGGCCUUGUUAUCUCAAUCCCUCAAGGAAACUGGUGGAGUGGAGGCUGCGAGUUUGAGAGUUGCAGAGCAAUACAUUCAAGCUUUUGGCAACGUAGCUAAGGAGGGUACAACAAUGCUGCUUCCGAGUUCUGCUGCAAAUCCGGCUAGCAUGAUCGCUCAAGCCUUAACAAUGUACAAAAGCCUCGUCCCCAAUGGUGGUGUAGAAUCUUCUAACAAGCCGGCUAGGAAAUAAUAAUAAUUCUUUAUAACAAUUCUUCUCUGAAAGACCGUUAUCUUACCCGUUAAACUCUAAUUUCUGAAUGGAGAUUUUGCACCAGAUUUGGUCUUAAUGUUGGUUUUUUGUUUUUUACAUCUUCAUUUCCACUUCA